AUGAAUUCGACACAGAGACAAGGUGAAGGUCAAAAAUUACGUGACCAACCUCAACAACGAACAAGUCAAUCCCAGCAUUUGCAUCCAUCGGCACAAUAUCAACAGCAUGUCUUGGGACAGUCAUAUUCACAGUCAUUAACAAAUACACUACCUUCCAAUAAUCCGCUUGCGCCACCAUUGUAUCAAAACAGCAAGAAUAAUUAUGCUUCUCAUCAGCUGAAUCAACUUUCAACUAUUCCUCAACCUGCACUAAUGGCGUCCAAUUCAAUAUUAACACUAGGGCCAUUCAAACAUCGAAAAGAUUUAACUCGUGACUCAGUUCUUUCAACAUAUCAAAUUUUGGGCUACAUAGCAGCGGGUACGUAUGGUAAGGUGUACAAAGCAAAACUUCGAACUACAAAUGUGAAUGCGAAGGAUGGCGAAGAGAGGGGGAAGUUAAAUGGAGGUAGCGGAAGUUUGAAUGACGGGUCUGAUGGUGUUGGUUUCGGUGAUGGUGAUCGCAUCAGUAAGAUAAAUGCAAAUGAUCAAGUUAACGAGAUGGCGUCUAAGGACAUUUCCGUACCACCCGACGAUAAAUCGAUAGAGACGUCACCACCAAUACAAUACUAUGCCAUCAAAAAGUUUAAGAGUGAUAACCACCAAAGUUCAAAUAGUAAAAACAAUACUGCUGGCAAUGCAAGUAAAAAUUUCAAUCGUGAAAUUGCCCAUGAAGCAGCACAAUAUACCGGAAUCAGUCAAAGUGCCAUUCGUGAAAUGUCACUAUGUCGAGAAUUGAGUAAUAAGAACAUAACUAAGCUAACAGACAUCAUUCUAGAGAAUAAGAGCAUUUACAUGGUUUUUGAAUUUUGUGAGCAUGAUUUAUUACAAAUCAUUCAUUAUCAUUCGCAUCCAGAAUUGAAACCUAUUCCAUUACCAACGAUCAAAUCACUUACAUGGCAGAUACUUAAUGGUGUUACAUUCCUACACAAGAAUUGGAUAUUCCAUCGUGAUUUAAAACCAGCAAAUAUCAUGGUGACGUCAAAUGGAUGUGUCAAGAUUGGUGAUUUGGGAUUAGCACGUAAAUUCAAUAAUCCGUUGCAGAGUCUUUAUACUGGUGAUAAAGUUGUGGUUACUAUAUGGUAUCGAGCUCCUGAAUUGCUACUAGGAACAAGACAUUAUACUCCAGCAAUUGACCUAUGGGCAGUUGGAUGUAUAUUAGCAGAAUUAUUAUCAUUACGACCUAUAUUCAAAGGAGAAGAAGCCAAAAUAGAUAUAAAUAAUAAGAAACUGGUUCCAUUUCAAAGAAAUCAAUUUCAAAAAAUUAUUGAAGUUAUGGGUACGCCAAAUUUGAAAAAUUGGCCCAGUUUAAACAAGUAUCCUGAAUUUGUUUCAUUUACACAACAAAUUACUCAAACUUAUUCAUCAAAUUUAUCACAAUGGUACAAGAUGAUUGGUGGUGAGAAUAAACAAUGUUUGGAGUUGUUGUAUGGAUUAUUGAAAUAUGAUCCUGAAGUGAGAUUAACUGCUGAUCAAGCAUUGGUGCAUAAUUUCUUUUUGGAAUUGCCUAAAGUAACUGAAAAUGCAUUUGAAGGAUUGAAUUUAAAGUAUCCUAAUAGGAAAAUAUAUGUUGAUGAUAAUGAUAUUGGUCAAAACGGGGGCAAUAAUAAUAAUAAUAAUAAUAAUAAUACCUUUAAACGUAAUGUUGGGUUUGAUGAUGGGGGGAACAAGAGGAAAAGAGUGUAA